CGUGUGCUUUGCAGCACUCUCUAUCAUCUAUGUGAACUCUAGCCCUGCUGGUAAAUGCUCUGCAGCUUGCCGUUUUCUUACCCAGCAAUGCUUCAAUGGCGCCGUUGCAGAAGCUCUUCUAUAUCUCACUUCUCGUGCUAGUAUGUGCAGCCAAGGCAACCAACCCAGAAGCAGAAGCACUUCUCCGAUGGAAGUCCAGUUUGGUUGGCGCCAACUCGUUGUCCUCAUGGUCGACUGCGAAUUCCACUUGCUCUUGGUUUGGCGUCACCUGUGACGCCGCCGGGCAUGUUACGGAGCUCAGCCUUCCCAACGCUGGACUCAACGGUACGCUCGAUUACUUGUAUUCGACAGCGUUCUUGAACCUCACCAAGAUCAAACUCAACAACAACAGCCUUGCUGGCGCCAUCCCGGCAAACAUGUCCAAGUUUCUCACGCUCACUUAUCUGGACUUGAGCAACAACAAUCUUGCUGGUGCCAUCCCCUACCAACUCAGCAACCUACCAAUGAUUGUCAAGUUUAAUCUGGGAAAUAACCACUUGACUAGUCCAGACUAUGGCAAGUUCUCACCUAUGUCCAGUUUGAAGAUGUUAUCUCUAGCUAAUAAUGAUCUCAAUGGUACCUUCCCACAAUUCCUCCUCAACACCACCAAUCUGAGGAUGAGAUCGCUCAAUUUAUCGGGUAACACCUUCUCAGGGCUAUUACCAGAUUCACUGCCGGAUAUGGUCCCAAGGUUGAGGCAUCUAAGUCUGUCUGUUAAUGGAUUCUAUGGAUCCAUACCUCGCUCAUUCUCAAGGCUCCAAAACCUCGAGGCACUAUAUCUCGGGAGAAAUAAUCUGACAGGAGGAAUCCCAGAGGAGUUGGGGAAGAUAUCUGGGUUGCGGAAUCUUGUACUGUACAGCAAUCCACUUGGCGGGUCGAUCCCAGCCUCACUCGGUCAGCUUCAGUCGCUACAAUUGCUCUACAAAAAAAACGCUAGUCUGGUUUCUACUCUUCCACCAGAGCUGGGGAACCUUACUAGUCUUAAGUACAUGAUCCUAUCAUGGAACCAGUUAUAUGGAAGUUUGCCACCAUCUUUUGCCAGGAUACAAACAUUGGUACAUUUUAACAUGGCAGGAAAUAAUAUCAAUGGUAGCACCCGGACAGAGAUGUUUACAAACUGGACCAAGCUUGAGAGUUUAGAUGUAUCCGGAAACUUGCUAACUGGAAGCAUCCCGGUGGAGAUAGGGAGCAUGCGAAACUUGCAAGCAUUGUUCUUGUCCGAAAAUCACCUUACUGGAAAUAUGCCAUCAGAUAUUGGUAAUGCAACAUCUUUGACAAGUAUUGGCGUCGAAUCCAACCAUCUAGAGGGUGAGAUUCCUGAAACUAUCUCCUUGUUGGUAAAUCUUGUUGCUCUCGACUUGUCGUGGAACAAGUUUACGGGUACCAUUCCUAAUCGUGACAGCAGACAGUUGCCAGUUGUCAAGGUGGCCAACAGUACAGACAAUAGCAGCUUCUCGGGAGAAUCAUGGUCUGCCUUUUGUCGAUUAACACUUCUGCAGCACUUGGAUCUAUCAAACAAUGAGUUGUUUGGAGGUUUUCCUGGUUGCUUAUGGAAUUUGGAAAAUUUACAAUCCUUGGAUUUGUCGGGCAAUUCUUUUGCUGGGGAAGUUCCAAGCUCAACUUUCUACAACUCUUCAGUAAGGUCACUGCACUUGUCAAGCAACAACUUCACAGGUUGCUUUUCUGUGGUGUUGAAGAACUCAAAAAGCCUUGUUGUUUUGGAUAUCGGGAACAAUAAGAUUUCUGGUGUAAUUCCUUCGUGGAUAGGGGAAAACAAUCCUUCAUUGAGGAUUCUCAGCCUGCGAACAAACGUGUUCCACGGAAGUAUUCCUUGGCAGCUAUCACAACUCCCCCAUCUCCAGCUGCUAGAUCUUGCUGAAAAUAAUUUUGUAGGCUCCAUACCAAGAAGUUUCGUCAACUUCUCCUCAAUGAGGCAGACAUUUGUGAUGCAACCGGCUGUAACAACCGACAUGGUACUUAUCACGGGUAAUUUAAUUGUUUCUUACAAUGGCAGCAUGGACAUACUUUGGAAGGGACGGGAGUACACCUUCGUGGGAAAACAUGCAUUUGUGACUGGUAUUGAUCUCUCUGGUAAUUCUCUAUCUGGUGAGAUCCCUUCAGAGCUGACAAGUCUCAGAGGCAUGCGGUUACUUAUUUCAAGAAAUAAUCUGUCUGGUAGUAUCCCCAAGGAUAUUGGCAAUCUAAAGCUAUUAGAGUCCCUUGACCUCUCCUGGAACAAACUAUCAGGUCAUAUUCCGCCUAGUGUUUCAAACCUGAUGUCCCUCAGCAACCUCAAUCUCUCCAAUAACCUUCUGUCUGGAGAGAUACCUACAGGCAGUCAGCUUCAAACACUCGAUGACCCAUCAAUCUAUGGCAAUAAUCUUGGACUCUGUGGUCCCCCCUUAAGACCAUGCACAAAUAAUUCGAGUAGUACAACACCAAUGGAUGGGGCAGAGGAACAUCACCAUGAACUCGAAACACUAUGGCUGUACUACUCGGUGAUUGCUGGAAUUGUCUUUGGUUUCUGGGUGUGGUUUGGAGCAUUAUUUUUCUGCAAGAUCUGGCGGGUUGCUUUCUUCAGUUGUGUCGAUGCCAUGCAGCAUAAUAUUGUGCACAAGAUGAAGCGUACGUGAUUGUAUUUAUGAUGCUUCCUACUGUAUGCACAAUUUGGCAGAAGAGGCCGCUCUAUCUGCAUUCCGCAUUGUAUAAUGUAUUUUUCAUUACCCCGCAGCUGCAGCUGCAGCUGUUUGUUUUGUUUCACCAAUAAGCUGCAAAUUUAUGUGCCUUUUGUGGGCAAAAUUGGCUUGUAGUUGUUGUA